UUUUUAAAUCCCUGUCCUCUCCUCAUCACCCCCCCUUUUCAAGGCAAACUUUUGGCAAUAGCACAGAUAAUCGUUUCGUGCUCCGCUGAAUUUCUCCUCGCAAAUGCCUUCCGAUCGGGGGAGCCAUUAAAAAAAAAAUAAAUAAAAAAAAAAAUUGCCAGAGAGCCAGUACGGAUUGAAACUGGGAUCCCAAUAAAUAUGCAAAGUGAAGGCUCUGCUAAGCAGAUUUCUUGCAUUGCUUCCCGGGGGUGCUGAGAGUCGCCCGGAGAAUCUCAGUGAUUAUUUUGAUUGUAUUUUUUUUUUUCAAUCGCGUUUUAUUGCGGUUGGUUUUUUUUGUUUUUUAUCUUUUUUUUUUUUUUUUUUUUUUUAAUUUAUAAUUAAAAUCCCCCUGACGAGAAAGGAGCGAGGAGGCAGCGAGGAGCGGGGAUCGGCGCAGGGCGGCGAAGCGGCGAUCUGCAUGCAAGGUGCUUAGGGCUGCCCGCGAGACAUGCAACCGGCAAGCAAGCUCCUCACCCUCUUCUUCCUCAUCCUGAUGGGCACAGAACUCACUCAAGUGUUGCCUACCAACCCAGAGGAAAGCUGGCAGGUCUACAGCUCUGCCCAGGAUAGCGAGGGACGUUGUAUAUGCACAGUGGUGGCACCUCAACAGACGAUGUGCUCGCGUGAUGCCAGGACAAAGCAGCUGAGACAACUAUUAGAAAAGGUGCAAAACAUGUCUCAGUCAAUAGAGGUGUUGGACAGGCGGACCCAGCGAGACCUACAGUACGUGGAGAAGAUGGAAAACCAGAUGAGAGGACUGGAAUCCAAAUUUAAGCAAGUGGAAGAAAGCCACAAGCAGCACCUGGCAAGGCAGUUUAAGGCAAUAAAAGCGAAAAUGGAGGAACUUAGGCCUUUGAUACCAGUGUUGGAAGAGUACAAAGCCGAUGCAAAAUUGGUAUUGCAGUUUAAAGAGGAGGUCCAGAAUCUGACGUCAGUUCUAAACGAACUCCAGGAAGAGAUUGGCGCCUAUGACUACGAAGAGCUUCAGAACAGAGUGUCAAAUCUUGAAGAAAGGCUUCGUGCAUGCAUGCAAAAAUUAGCUUGUGGCAAGCUGACGGGGAUAAGUGACCCAAUCACAAUUAAAACCUCGGGGUCCCGCUUCGGCUCGUGGAUGACGGACCCUCUUGCCCCAGAGGGAGAGAACAAGGUCUGGUACAUGGACAGCUACCACAACAACCGCUUCGUCCGCGAAUACAAAUCCAUGGCGGAUUUCAUGAACACCGACAACUUUACCUCUCACCGUCUCCCUCACCCAUGGUCAGGCACUGGUCAAGUGGUCUACAAUGGCUCUAUCUACUUCAAUAAAUACCAAAGCCACAUAAUUAUCAGGUUUGACUUGAAAACAGAGACCAUUCUCAAGACUCGCAGCCUGGAUUAUGCCGGCUACAACAACAUGUACCACUACGCCUGGGGCGGCCACUCGGACAUCGACCUCAUGGUGGAUGAGAACGGGCUGUGGGCCGUCUAUGCCACCAACCAGAACGCGGGCAACAUCGUCAUCAGCAAGCUGGAUCCCAACACCCUGCAGAGCCUCCAGACCUGGAACACCAGCUACCCGAAACGCAGCGCUGGGGAGGCCUUCAUCAUCUGCGGCACGCUCUACGUCACCAAUGGCUAUUCGGGAGGCACCAAGGUGCACUAUGCCUACCAGACCAACGCCUCUACCUAUGAGUACAUCGACAUCCCGUUCCAAAACAAGUACUCGCACAUUUCCAUGUUGGACUACAACCCCAAGGAUCGGGCCCUCUAUGCCUGGAACAACGGGCACCAAAUACUUUACAAUGUCACCCUCUUCCACGUCAUCAGGUCCGACGAGUUGUAGUCCAUCCUUGUUUAGAAACUGAUUUAGGAAAAUAAAAAAAAAAAAAAAGGAAAAAAAA